AAUAUAUAUUUACUCCCCCAAAAUUCUCCUCCUUUUUUCUGCAUAUUUUUUUAUUUAAUCAUUAAAAAAAAAAGUAGCAGUAAUCUGCAAUUCUUCCCAUACGAAUCUCUCUUCCGCAUGCACACAACACACACAGUUGUCGACAAACAACACACACAGUUGUCGACAAAGCCACUAUAGCAAAUGCGAAUUUGCUUUUUCUUCAAAUCCCAGAUAUGAAAUGAAAUCACAUCUCUUUAUUUUUUCUGUUCCCCACUCAGAAGAGAGAAAACCCAUUUCGAUUUCUGUAGAAAGAUAGCAUCUUUUCUGAAUCCCCUCUUGCCAAUUUGGAUCAUCGCCUUAUUCGCACCUUUAAUUACUUGUAUUUUUCCAGAAUUAGUUUCUUUUUUUUUUUUUUUUUUUUUUUUUUUUAAAUUGCCGAAUCGAUGGGAUCCCUUUUGAAGAUUGAUAAGUUUGUUUGAGGAGUAUCAAUAAAGAUUGAAUCUUUAGUUUUUGGAGUUUGGCCCUUUUUGAUUUCUUGAAAUAGAAUUUUGUGGGAUAUUAUCUGGUGGGCUUCAGUUUAAGGAGAUUGAUCUGAAAGAAAAAAAAAAUGGAUAAAUACGAACUUGUGAAGGAUAUAGGGUCUGGAAAUUUUGGUGUUGCUAGGCUUAUGAGAAACAAGGAGACCAAAGAGCUCGUCGCCAUGAAAUACAUUGAAAGAGGACACAAGGUUUUUCCAUCAACAUGUGUGUGUGUUUGUGUGUGUGUGUUGUUUGUGUGUGUGUGUGUGAAUCAUUAGACUCUAACAUGUGUUGGCUUCGGAUAUAUGUUCUUAUCGCUAGAACAGACGCCGAUGCAUCCAGCCAUUGUCAUGGAGUAUGCGGCAGGCGGAGAGCUGUUCGAGAGAAUCUGCCCUGCCGGUCGAUUGAGCGAAGAUGAGUCUAGGUACUUCUUCCAGCAGCUUAUUUCUGGAGUCAACUACUGCCAUGCCAUGCAAAUAUGCCACCGCGACUUGAAACUGGAGAACACUCUUCUUGAUGGAAGCCCUGCUCCACGCCUGAAAAUCUGCGAUUUUGGUUACUCAAAGUCAUCUCUACUUCAUUCGAGGCCCAAAUCAACCGUUGGAACUCCUGCUUAUAUUGCUCCCGAAGUUCUAUCCAGGAGAGAAUACGACGGAAAGUUGGCUGAUGUAUGGUCGUGUGGCGUAACGCUCUAUGUUAUGCUGGUCGGAGCAUAUCCUUUUGAAGAUCAAGAAGAUCCAAAGAACUUCAGGAAAACUAUUCAAAGGAUAAUGGCUGUUCAAUAUAAGAUUCCCGACUACGUCCACAUAUCCCAAGAUUGUAGGCACCUUCUUUCUCGCAUAUUUGUUGCCAAUGCUGCGAGGAGAAUCACAAUCAAAGAUAUAAAAUCACACCCGUGGUUUCUAAAGAAUCUGCCUAGGGAAUUAACGGAUGUAGCUCAAGCGGCGUACUACCGAAGAGAAAACCCUACAUAUUCACUUCAAACGGUGGAGGAGAUAAUGAAAAUCGUGGAGGAGGCGAAAACCCCCCCGCCGGCCUCCCGCUCGAUUAGCGGGUUUGGGUGGGCAGGGGAGGAGGAAGAGUAUGUUAAAGAGGAAGAUGUGGAGGAGGAGGAGGUGGUGGUGGAAGAAGGAGAAGAACAACUAGAAGACGAAUAUGACAAGCAAGUGAAAGCCGCUCAUGCGAGUGGGGAAGUUCGUCUCACUUGAGAAACCUAUAUUUGCAUUUGUGUGUACAAUAAAGAUCGGAUUUUUUCGUUUGUUAAUGUUAUGACCGUGGUCGGGUUUCUUUUUUUUUUUUUUAAAUUUUGGGAAGUAUGUAAAUUUGAUGUUGUGUUGUGAUAAAGAGGCUUGUGUGCAUUUUUCUAUGUUGUAAAGAGGGUAUGUAGUGAAGUUUGUGAGUGUUUUGUUUGCUUAGAACAUGUGGUGGUGGUGGUGGUGGUCAAAUUAGUUCUUGUGAGUUAUUACAUGUUUUGAGGUUUGUGCAACAUUCUUGUUUUAGUGUUGUAUUUGAUGGUGACCCAUAUUUGGUUUCGAAAAACCAAGGUUU